AUGGUAAUGUUGUGUUUCGUCUUAGAUUUGCGUAGCCUCUCGCCUCCAUUACUCGCAGACUUAAAGCAGUUGUUGCUACAGCUUGCCAAUUUCUACGCCACUUCACCGUCUUUGCGCCAAUCAAACUCUCUCAGUGAUCGAAUCGGCUUGUGCUACCUCUUUAACAAUCGCGUUUCUUCUUCCGAUGAGCUAAAAAUCGCAUUCAGACCAAGCGGAAACUUCAGUCUCCGUGAUUUCCACCAUGCUGUUAACAACUUGCCUAUUAAUGAGUUCUUACCUGAAAUCAAAGAUUCUGGAUCCAUCUGUUGUCGAGAUGUGAAACUUUCAAGUAUUUUGAGUGAUCAAGGGUUGUAUUGUUGGGGAGGUAAAGAUGUUAUGAGAAAAGUAAUAGUCUUGAGUUCAUGUUUACCUGAAAACGUAGACUCUGCCCUGAAAAAAACUCUCAUGGAUGCAGCAGAUAAGUGUGUUACGGUUGAGUUCGUAUUGUUUGAGCAAAAAUCAGGCCAUCUUGGUGAUAUGCAAGAGCAUAUCAACGGUUUUCUUAGAUGUAUCUCUGAUCUCGAUAACUGCUCGUUUCAAACGUAUCUUCCAGACAUGAACGUAUUUCGUGGUAUGGUCAAAAGAUGGCUACAGGAUUUAAAGGAUGAUAUGGAAGAACCACUACAAGCGCGUUUCGUCUUUAAGAACAAUCUUUUCGGUUCAGUGAACCAGAUAACCUGCAACUUGUGUGCAUCAGUCAACCAAAUUAUUGAUGGGUUUAGUCCCUGCCAGAUUUGCAGGUGCCACGGCAUUCAGUUAGGCAAUAUAGUACAAGAUGGGAUCAAAGAGCCUUCUUGUCCAGUCACUGGCCAUGGUCUGGGGACAUUUGAUGUAAUUGAAAAUUCUGUUAAGGUUGGAGAAAAUACAAUUCUGUUUAUGCCCUCAUUUCAGAGCUCUAUGAAGCUUCAGCAAGUCUCUUCACCCAUAGAUUUCAAUAUUGUGGAGAAGACUCCCCUGGGGUCUCUAGAUGAAGGGGUUAUAAUGGGGGCUUCCUAUGUUGUAACACCAUCAGCUUGUCAUGAGAUGGAAACUUCUUCGGAUGAAAUAGAUCACUCAGAGUUGAAUGCUCAACUAUUUCGAGGCCUUUGCAGUGCUCUACAUUCACUGGACCUGGGUUUGGUAUGCUCUUCAUAUUGUAAUAUGCAAUCUAUGAGGAAGGCUUCCUUCUACUGCUAUUAUAUUCUGCAACCUUCAGAAAAUGGGCCAAUGCUUCUCAGGCGCCUUGCAGGGUCAGAGGAAGUCUUGCCUGACCCUGAUGUCAACCAAUUCAUCGAUUCUUCGGUACCUAAAGAGAUUGAGAUUUCCAUUCAAACCUGUUUAUUCAAGAUAGAAUCAAGAGACUACAAUCCACCUCUUAUUCCUUUCCAGCCCAGUCAAUCUACAGACCAAGACAUGAGUUCAAGUCAGCUGAUGAAACCCAAUUUCCAGAGGCUAAAAAGGAAACAUAAAUGACAGAAAGCUGCGCUUUGCAUAGGAUGGAGCUACUUGUGCUAAAGUUCCAUGAGGUCAGUGUGGUUACUUCUCUUCGUAUUGACUUGUUCUCACUAUUCUUUCAGUCUUAUACUGUUAACAUACCGCAUGCAGAAACCAUAUGAGAAAUGGUGUUAAUACGAGAUUCUGUUUUAGUGACUGCUAGAAACAAUAUUAUAACGAAAUAAUUCACGACAGUUGCGGUUCAUUGUGUUCCAUGUUUCGUAAGCUUGUUGGCCCGUGUUACUGUCCACUAAUUGUGUUAAAGCCUGUUUAACA